CCCAUGACUUCCGGUGUCACGCACGCGCUGCCGUGGUUUCCGUGGUAACAGUGUCGGCGGUGCCCUCAAACAAAAACAGACUCACGGUUUCGCUUUACAGCGACGUGGAAACCGUUUCAUAAUCUACCAUCGAUAUACAGUUAUGAUAACCACUGGAUCCUCUCUGAAGCAUCACUUGUGAGCAGAGGUGGAAAGAAAGAGUACGGGGAUAUUCUACUCAAGUAAAAGUUCCACUAUUUUACUGAAGUACAAGUAAAAGUACUGGUCUAAUAAUGUACUCAAGUUCAAGUAAUUAAAGUUACGUAGUUACUUUUUUUCUUUCUUGUGUGGGCACACAUCUCACAUGAAUUGUUUUUAAUUAAAGGCAAACCUUUGCAAAUUAAACUGCUGACAAAAUUAAAAUAUGUAAACAUAUAAUGUAUCAGUCAACGUGGGUCAAAGGUCACAAAUAUCACUCAUUCAGGGACCUAAAUUAACGCCAAUUCACCCGUCACCAUUCAUUCACCCGUGCUCAUCAUUAAAAGACAUACUUAAGUAAAACUAAAAUUACAACAAUUUUAACUUUAUAGUCAUUUGUUCAAGCACACAAAAAAACGUGAGUAAAUGUAACUCAUUACUUUCCACCUCUGCUCGUGAGUGCGUGACUUGGCACCAUGGCGUGUCUGAACGCAGAUCUGAUUGCUAAAUCCGUAAACCGCCUCAGAAAGAAAAGAGGCCUCUCUUACGCAGAGUUCCUCAGGACACUUACACACCUUCACUUCUCCAACAAGAACAUCGAAGACAUUGGUGACAUCUCCAUGUGCAGGAACCUCACCGUGCUUUACCUGUACGACAAUCACAUCACGCAGAUCUGUAACCUCGGCUUUGCCUCCAACCUCACGCAUCUUUACAUGCAAAAUAACAACAUCACCCGUGUGGAGAAUCUCUCUAACCUGCAGAUGCUCUCCAAACUGUAUCUCGGUGGAAACAGGAUCACGGUGGUGGAGGGUUUGGAGCAGCUCAGUGAACUCCAGGAGCUUCAUCUGGAGAAUCAGAGGCUGGCACCAGGGGAGACGUUGCUCUUUGACCCCAGGACUCUCCUCUCACUCGCUAAGUCCCUGUGUGUGCUGAAUAUCAAUAACAACAACAUCGAUGAUGUCAGGGACCUGGCCGUGCUGCAGGACCUGCAGCAUUUUUCGGCCGCGGACAAUAAAUUGCACAAUACGGAGGAGUUAGAGGGUGUGUUUGGCCUCUGGCCUCAGCUGCUGCACAUGGAUCUGAGAGGAAAUCCUGCGUGUAAAACACCAAAGUACAGAGACCGACUGAUUACUGCGUGCAAGAGUCUCGAGGUUCUCGAUGGGAGGGAAAUUAAUGAGUUAACCAGACAGUUCCUUAUUAACUGGAAGGCAUCCAAAGAGGCCAAGAUGAAAAGAAACAACACUGGCGCGUUGAUCCCUUAUCCUUUAACAAACGACUUGAACCGGGUUCAGGGUCUCACGUCCACAGCCGUGCAGCGGAGGAAGAAGCCACAGCCAUCGUUUCACACAGAUCUCGGUUAGAAAAAAUGUGAGUUCACAUUAUUUUAUGACUCACUCACUGUGGUUUUGUUGUUUACGUUGGUGCAGUUUGAUUCAGAGUCUUGUUUCACUUCCCCCCGAAAAAUAAAGACACAUUACAAUA